AUGUCUAAUUCAUCAACAAGUCCUUAUCCACGGUAUAUAGAAAGCAGACCAGCUGCUGGUAUAAUUGCUGCACUCGUCGGUGUCUCAUUAAUAGCAUGGAUCAUUCAAUCAAAACAAAUACACUUUAAACCGCGUCGACCUCAAAUUCUUAUUCUCAUUUCUCAUAUAACUAUUUUCAUUCAACUCAUAUUACGUGCUGCUUUUUCUAAGAGAACCAAUGAUUCGAAAGGUGCUUUUACUGUCUUAACAGUUCUACUUUCUAUUAGUAUACGUACAGUUAUUUUAUCAAAUUAUGAUUUUCUAACACAAGUUUACAAAAUGAAAGUGUGGAUGACACGAACUAUUAUCAUAGGAUCAGUUCUUAUUGGUCUUACAUCAGCAGUUCUUAUGGCUCCAGCUGGUGCAUUAGCAGAUGAUCCUAGUAAACUUAAUAUAAGUUUUCAAUUACGACAAGCAUCAUCAGCAAUGGUUCUCGGUUUGACUAUGCUCUUCUAUCCAGUUUGGUUUCUAACAAAAACAAUAAAACAUAUGACAAAAUUUGCUAUUAUUCUUAUGAGUAUUUCUAGUUUUGCUUGUUUGGUAGUUGCUAUUUAUAUUAUGAUUACAUCAGUUCCAACAUAUUAUAUGAAAUCAAAUGAAAAAGAACAUUGGGUAUAUAUUUUUCAAAUUGUACCUAACGUUAUCGCAUUAUUUGCAUGGUCAAUUUUGCAUCCGAAACGAACUUUAAAACAAACAGAACCACUAGAAGAAGAACCUUCAAAACAAAAGAAAGAAGAAGGUGAAGUCAGCACUGAUAAUGGCGAUGUUGCAGAAACCAUGCGACUUUUAAAAUGA